CAAUUAAUAUAUUUAUAGGUUUGUAACGAGUGUGGGCACUUUUACAGAACAUAUACGGCUGUUGUUCCCCUAAGUGUGAUUGGCGUUGUGUUCACAAACCUUUUAAUGAACAAGGAUUUCGGAACUUCUGGAAGAGAAUACCAUUCUGUGUUUGCGAGAAUCUGAUAUACUGAACUCGUGAAUGGAUUGGCGUUAGUUUGUCAGUGUAAUCUACUGUCAGACUCAAAACGAGGGGAAAGGGUUGAGAUCAUGGUUGCGAACAGUUGACAACUGGAGACAGAGUAAACAUCUGUGAGGAAAAUGGGCUUUUUGUUAUAACAGUGCACCUUAAUCCUAAGGACACUUCAUACAGCUUAUGAACAACUCACUUUGCCAGUCAGUUUAUAACAAUUUUUUCAAUUAGUUCCAUGGGAGAUAUACAGCAUUGGAGCUUGUUAGGAGUAUUCGGUUGUUGUCUGAUGUUAUAAAAAAAAGAAGGCAAAAGUACCAACCAUGUCUUUAAUGAAGAUUUUUCGCCUUUUACGUUGGUAAAAUAAUAAUAUUAUACUCUUGCAAUACUUGACAACAUCAUAGCCUGACCUUAGCCUGACAGUUCUUUCACUAUCUUGCCCCUUCAAUAGACAUACAGUGUUGCUGCCAUAUAGUGCUUCCCGUUAUAAAACCUAGAAAGUGCACACCUUCUGAAAGUAUAGACCUUCCCGGUUUGCAGAUAGUUGACAGGAAAGUACGUUUAAAGAACCUCUAAUAGAGACAUAACGUUAAUUUGUUGAGAGUGAUAAUCGAACUCUUGUCUUUGGACAGUGAGCCUGGCACCGUAACCGCUCAACUGAAGGAUCUCUACAAUGAGUAAACACAGCAAGUCCAAACUGAGAAAAAUUUUCAGCAUUGUCUCAAACUUCAGUUUUGUUGACAAUAAGACAAAGUCUCAAAAUUCGUCACCUGGAUCCGAAACUAAGGCUAGCAGACGCUCAGGUAGCGGUGGGGGUACAAAAAACGAUGACGUAUACGACAAAAAACGUGACACUUCCAGCAGAAAUGGCUCCAUCGUCAAUGCAAAUAACGGUGACGUCAAGGCGUGCCAUCGAGGAGAAUGCUCUACUUCCUGCGUGGAAAAUGAAAAUCGCCCCAGGAAAGGUUCCAAACCUUCAACGAACAGCGGCAGCAAGGCUGCACGCAUCAGCCCUACGAAAUCAGAAGUCUGUUCUAAGACAAGUUUCACUUCCAAACGGCCGUCCAAUGACUUGGCGUGUCCCUCUUGUGACGUCAUUCAUUGCAAACACGAGGUGGGCUUCCAUUGUGUUGUUCCUGACAACGAUGACGUCAUCGCAGACAGGAGCAGACGACGCACCAGCUCCAUGGACUCGAGUGUUGUGACGUCACCAGAUGAGGCUGGGGACCAGGAUUUGUUUCCCAGGUGGCAGUCGUUCCGUUUAGAGGGUCCACGAUGCAGUGAGGAGGUAGAACUUACGGAGGAGCAGAAAGCGGUGUCUGUGGAGUAA